CGGAGGUAGAAGUUUGAGGUGCGAUCACAAUAAUCCCACACGUGUCAUGAGCAUGGAAACCACUGAUGUGUGAUCCGACUCAACUCACCAUCCCCCCCAGCUGAACGUCCUGGUCGUCGGCGAGGAUGAGCACGAUAUUGCUCGGUUUGGCACUUUCCGCGCACCUGACCCAGUAGAGUUAACGAUGGUGCCAUUGAAGCGAAGAAGAGUCACUGGGAAGAUUGGGGCUGACAGCAGUGGAGAUCAUCCACCAAUCAAGUUCCCCCAGGUCUUUCUAUUCCUGUUGGAAAGGAAAAUGGGAGCCAGUCGCAGAGCUUUCCUCUCUCAGCUGGGUCGAAAGAAAGGAUUUCGAGUGGAGGAAUCGUUCAGUCAAAGCAUCACACAUGUCAUUUCUGAAAACAACUCUGGAGAUGAGGUCAGGACGUGGCUGGACUCACAGCACACGGCUCAGGGCCGAGCUCCGCUUCACCUGCUUGACAUCAGCUGGUUCACCGAGAGCAUGCACGCAGGCCAUCCUGUUCCAAUCCUGGACAGACACAAGCUACAGCAGCAGCAGGUUGAUGACGCAGAGGUUAUGGUGUUCUCGGUGCCCAGCUACGCCUGUCAGAGAAGAACCACUCCGGACGACAAUAACAGCCUUCUCACCGAUGCUUUGUCCCUCCUGGCUGAAAACGCUGAGCUCUGUGACCAGGAAGGGCGAGGUGUUGCUUUUCGCCGGGCGGCCGCCGUGUUGAAGGCCCUCCCUAAACCAUUGACGUGCAUGACGCAGCUCAGAGGGCUGCCCUGUCUCGGAGGACAUUCACUGAGAGUCAUCAAAGAGAUUUUGGAUAAUGGAGCAUCUAGUGAGGUGGAAUCUAUGAAGCACUGUGAGCGGUAUAAAGCUCGAAAGGUUUUAACAGGUGUUUUUGGAGUCGGAGCUAAAACAGCAGACCGAUGGAUCCGAGAAGGGAUACACACUCUUCACCAGUUACGGGAUUCAGGACACUCCCUCAAUCGAACCCAAAAAGCAGGUGUGGAGCACUAUGACGACCUCAAUCAGCCGGUCUCUAAGGCGGAGGCUGACGCUGUUGAAGAGAUCGUGGCCAAAGCCGUCGUUUCUGUGUUACCAGGAGCACAGAUUACUCUGACGGGAGGAUUCAGGAGAGGAAAACUGACGGGUCAUGAUGUUGACUUCCUCAUAACCCACCCAGAGGAAGGCAGGGAGGAGGGACUGAUGUCUAAAGUGGUGUCCUGGCUGGAGUCACAUGGUUUCCUGCUCUACCAGAAAACAACGAGAAACUCUUACCUGGAGUCGAAGGACGGCCCUGCUCGAAUUGCCUCCAACAUGGACCGCUUUGAGAGGUGUUUCUCCAUCUUCAAACUGGCCAAGGAGGUGAAACGGGAAACAAAACAGCCAGAGACACAGAGAGAAACUGGAUUACAGAAUACAGUAGAGGGCCCCUGCAGUGUUGGAGACCACACGCACAUACAAGUUGAUGACUCGAUUCUACAGACGGAUCAUACUUCACAGAGUCAGAUUCACGCCGACGAACAGAGAUCCUGUGAAGAUGGAGGACUAAAACCUGCAGGACACAAGCCGUGGAGAGCUGUGAGAGUGGACCUAGUGGUUUCUCCUUUCAGCCAGUUUGCUUUUGCUCUGCUCGGCUGGACGGGAUCCAAGUUGUUUGAGAGAGACCUGCGACGUUGGGCUGGACAGGAAAAGGCCAUGUCUCUAAACAGCCAUGCUCUAUAUGACAACACACAGAAGAGGUAUCUUAAAGCCACAUCAGAGGAAGAGAUAUUUGCUCAUCUCGGCCUAGAGUUCAUUCCUCCAUCAGAGAGAAACGCCUGAGGGGACCUGAGGAGAAUCUGCAGUAGGAGGGCCAAGCAGGUACCAUGUGAGGAUUAUCACCUGGAGAAGGAAAGGUUAAUGUAGCCUUCAGAUGGGUUGGAAGAGCAGGGGGGGGGUAAAUCAGAUGCCAGAAAACUGUACGUUUGUUGUACUAUGAGGCGGAAUUUUACAGCAGUUAUUGUGUCUCGUUGCCAUGGUCACUCCUCUCAUUGACCCCGUUCAGACCUGGCGUUAACAUCCAACCUGAGGGAUCGGAUCACAAGUGGUCAGCGCUAAGCACACCUACUAGUAAGAGUGUACGACACGCUGCAUCCCACAAAAUGGUCAUACAGUUAAUCCACACCUGUAAACGAAACCCAUCUUCAUGACCUUCCUGACGCACGGUUUAUCACAGCUGCUAGUUUUAGCUAAACGUGCUAAAAUCAACCAUUUACUUCCACCUCUGUCAUAUGAGUGUCUCAUAGAAUGUGAAUUAUUUUCUAUACACUGACCCUUGCAAUCUGCUUUUGCUCUGAUUAUAUGGAUAUAUAAAUGAUUAAUAAACUCAGCCUUAAAGGCCCCAUCACCAAAAAAAUGCAUAUUCCCAGAUUGCAUCCGCCAUCCCUGUGUUGCUCAUUGUGGGGACUGUUGGGUUUUCUCUACAAACUAAAGGGCUCGACCUCAUUAUGUAAUGAGAAGGCUCUUAAUGUGAACUAAACAGAAUAUCUUUUAAUAUAAUCGAUUCUUCAUUUUUGCAUUGGACUUUUGUGUGAAGCACUUUGUAACCUUGUUCAAGUAAGUGAUAUUACAUUACAUUACAUUACAUGUUAUUUAGCUGACGCUUUUGUCCAAAGCGACUUACAUUGUUAGUACACUCAACAUUUAUGAGGGGCCAUUUAGGGGUUCAGUAUCUUGCCAAGGACACUUCGGCAUGCAGAUGGGGAAGAGUGGGGAUUGAACCGGCAACCUUCAUGUUGGAGAACGCCCGCUCUACCCCCUUGGCCACACCGCCCCUGAUAUACAAACAAAGUUAUUAUUAUUAAUUGUUUAUUAAUCCCUUGUUAUAAAUCCAGCAUCAGAACUUCUUUACAUCUUAAUCUCUCAUGACUGUGUCCACUCAGGAGCGUUUACUCAUCUUGCAUCCAAUGACUGUCUGCAAUUUUCAACUCCUUUAUCUCUAAAUUCUGUCAGUGAGCAACCAGCUCACAGAGAACUCUGCUGUCCAACUCAUCAAGUAAAUCUUUAGGUGGUAGUGAAAAGUCCUCAAACAGAGAACAUGUUUCCCAUCAUGACGUUCUGUGAGGAGCUAAUGCUUUUUGUGACAUGUCACACAUCCAGCUCUAUUGGCGACUGUAAAGACCAAUCAGUGACCUCCACAAUUCCCUCCAUAGCUGCGCGUUUUUUUACUGGACAUACAUUAAUAUGAAGAAGCAUCAGCUCUGACUUCUGUUUCACUGGGAUAUUUAAAGGAUUGUCAGGAAAUCCUGUGAAAAGACCACAAAUGUGAACCUCAAGGUGGCGCUAGAAUAAAAGUAAGAGGAAAACAAAAGUGUUAAAGAAUUGACCUGUGUGAACCAUCAAUUUUUCUAUGUUAUGGACUGACUCUCCAUCCAUCCUGGCCAAGACUACACUGAUCUGAGGAAUUUAUCUUUCAUUUGCUUAAGCUCCAAUUAGUUCCAAUUCCUUAAACCACAGAAACCACCUGAUCUUUUAUUCACAGAUAUAGAGUGAUGGGAUUAAAUUUGUCGUUGUGCAUCUAGUUAACAAAAGAAGAGCAUGGAAAGAGCACAGUGAUGUAAUGAAAGAAGAAGGCAUUGUACAAAAGGUUAACUUGACAAAAUCGUGUUAUAUUUGAUUUCACGUUUGUUUCCUCCCUCGUGUUUCUUUACAAUCUAUCACCUCACGCACAGCAGGGCAUGUUCUACGUUAUGUUGCUUUGUGCCCGUGUCAAAAGAACAAGAGUGAAAAUGCACGUUCACACCAUAUAUACAGUCUAUGGUUCACACCUGUGCUCCAGUGACCUGUAUUCUAUAACGUCCUCGUCGGCUUAUCUGUUCCAGUCACUGAAAAUAAAACCACACAGCUGUGCAGAGCAGAGACGCCUUGUGAGACCUCAGUGAGCGAAGCAUUCACUCAAGUACAGGAGGAAGUACUAGUUCACAGGAGAAUACUGCACUUUUUUACCUUACGUCAUCUAUUUAUGACAGCUACAGGGAUGUUUCGGAUUAGAGUUUAACAUAAAAAAAAAUGAAUGAGCUUAUAAAAUGUUUAAAUCAAACCAGACUGGUGUCUAGUUGGGGCCUGUUGGCAUGAUUCAGAUUUGUUAAACUGUGUUGCUUACUUUUGACAUUCUCACAUUGUAGCUUUUAAUCAAAGUUUUCUAGGUUGAAAUGGGUCAAAUUGUCUAAUAUUCACUAAACAAAUCCAAAGUUAAAAAUCUGUCGAUACAUUUCUGUAUUAGAACUUAGCUUUUUCUCCUUUGCUCUCCCCUUUAUCUUCUCAUGACCCCAGUGGCUCCGUUCAGACCUGGUAUCAACAUCUGUCCUGACUCCUGAGUGAUCUCAUCACAAGUGGACAGCUCUAAGUUCAGGUGUGAUCCUAUCAGCGACACCGCACUCAGAGGUCUUCUGGGAUCAAUGUGUCCAUAUUCUUUUAGCAGUGGGCACAUUAAUGCGAACGUGACAUUGAAGGACCGCCUAUGUCAGGCGUGUUGGUUUAUCCUAAAUAAGAGAUGAGCCGGACUGGUCCAAUUUAGGUAUUUAUUGAGAUGCAAGGAAAGUUGAACAGCAUAGCUAUGGACAAUUAUCACAGCCUAUGCUAAAUCAGUUAGCAAUAGGUAGUUAAUAAUGGCCCAGAACAAAAGGGGUUUGAUAUAAUUAUAACAGUAGAUUUAUUAUGAUUGGUUAUGAAAGAUAGAAGGGGAGUCACCGCAAAUCAAUUUGGUUCUCCCUUAUUGGUCCAAAGCUGUAGUCCACCGCCUCUUGUCAAGGAAUCCAGGAAGUGACAAGAAGCCGCUCUCCCGUGAGGCUACUACUACUCUGAUAGUUGCUAAGCAAAAUGUUCAAUUCAUGAAAGGCCUUGACACAGCUGAUGCCAUGUGGGCCAUUGGAGAAAGGAAUAUGAUGUUCCUGCUAUAUCCAAACAAUGUCCUGUUGUUGCAAACAUUAGGAUCCUCGAAACCAAAACAACGAAACAAAACAAUGUCAACAAAGUCACUCUGUCCGACCUCCAGAACUUAUCAGACAGCUGCAUGAAAUAUAUGUGAUGUGAAUGAAUCUACGGGAAUAAUGGUUUAAUACCAAAAGUUAGAAUUCUGAACAAUUAUAAGAUUCAUUAUUAACACUAUGCAGUAAGGGUUAUUUAUAAAUCAUUUGUAUAAAGGCCUUAUAUCUGGCUCAAACUGCUCAAGACCCCCCCUCCUGUCUUUAUUGCAAAUAGUAAAGUCAGACCCACACAACAGCUAAAAUAUUGAAUUCCUAACACCUACUCAGCUGAUGUCUUCUGAUGGUCUGCAUUUAUAUUUUUGCAAUGCUCUAGUUUUGAUGAACACUCAAAGUGUUUUGCACUUUGAGGGUUUUCCAUCCACCCAUUCCCACACACAUUCAUACAGUGCCAGGCAGCACUUUCUCUAUCACAUAUCACUCAGACACUGUCAGGAGCGAUUUGGGAUUCAGUAUUUUGGCCCCUUGGGGGGAGACAGGGUUCGAACCAGUUGUGGUUAGUGGAAUGAAUUGAUAAUGAAUUUGAUUGUAGUGCUGCAUGCAUCAUAUUGAUCCACUCAGCUCAUCUUGGCUCCACACUCUCUAUCUCUCGGAUCAGAACAGUAUAUGACGUUUGCAUAUAGAGCU